AUGACAAGACUAUUAGCCGAAAGGACAAAAGUGGUGACAGAGAUGGUCGAUUCACUUAAUGCGACGUACUUAAGUCUUAGCGAUGCCUCUCGAGUAUGGCAUGAAAAUUGUCGAAUUGGUAUUGGGGUGCGUGAAUGGGAUGCGUUUGGACGUCUUCAAAUUAUUAGUUUGUGGAACAUGAUUCGAUCUGUAUUUACGAGUAUUGUCGUGGAUAUUGUCGAGUUGCGUCCAUAUUUGCCAGAUGGAGAAAUCAUUUUAACAAAAUGGCGUAUUCAAGGCGAAAUUGCGUCAAUGCAACACUUGAAACGUGUUUGUGCUUCCGAAGAUUGUCCAGCUACAAUGCGAGUGGCUUUGAUGGCAAUUAAAUCGUCGGAAUUAACGUUUACAGUCACUACGUACGUUGUGUUUGAAAAUCUUCGAAUUGCUGAGCAAUACCAUAGCUGGGAUCAAGUUGGCGUUUUCAAAAGACUCUUUGGCGGCGAUAUCCCCCCUAGUGUACUAGAAAUACUGGUUAUUGACGAGGAGACUGCCGCAGGACGUAAGCAACCACUUGAAGUGUGA